AUGAGGAGCUGCUGCUCUUCUUCUACCAACUCGAUCUUAACACCAGGCUUCAGCUGGAAAUGGUCCUUUCGAUCCUCCUUACUCGUUCCGCAGAAAGCGCUCAACUUGGACCAAUACGAACCUGCACAGCUACUUCGGGAAAAGAUUGCAGAGCUUGAUCGUGAAAUCGCACGACAGAGAGAAGCAAAGAUGGGCACUUCAUCCAAAGAAGCAGCUCAAGACAAGGGCUUAGCCUUGUUACGCCUCAAAGCAGCGCUGCAGCGAGCAGUGGAGCAGGAGCUGUACGAGGAAGCAGCUGAGAUCAGAAAGAAAAUGGGCCAACUAGAGGGUGACACGCUGGCAGCUUCUGCUGCAGCGUUGGCUAUGGGCAAUGUCACUUACAAGCUCCGGCUAGGGCAGAAAGUUACUCACAAAGAAUUUGGCUAUCGAGGCAUUGUUGCGGGGAUGGACCCCAUGUGCUGUGAGACAGAGGAGUGGAUGUCGGGAGCUAAAAUCAGCCGACUUACUCGGGGUCCUAACCAGCCCUUUUACCAGAUCUUACUUGACUUGGGCAAUGGAGCUAGGUUUCCAGUUGCAUAUGUUGCGGAGGACCUGCUUGAAGUCCCUGAGGAGCCUGAUAAGGAGCAAAUGAUCCACCCAUACCUGUACCUUUUAUUUUAUGGAGCUGACUCUAAAGGUGACUUCAUUCCGUGCAAGCCUCUUCGGGACAAGUACAAUGCUCCCCGUCAUGAGGUUCCACUUGAAGACGACACCGACUCUGAAGAUUCGUGA